AUGGUCAUAGAGACGUUCCUGCUGAUUGUGUGGGAACCUGUCUCCACGUCCGUUCUCUCAGAUAAUGACCCAUCUCCUGCUGAAAUAAUCACUUUUAACAAUUCCCUCAACACAAUUGCUCAGACAUGUCAAGAUGUCAUGAUAGAGCACAGGUACCCUCAUGAAGCUAUUCAAGUGGUUACUAUAAAUGGAUAUAUUCUUCUAUUGGAAAGGAUUCCGAGGCACAAUGCACAAAAGGUUGUUUAUCUGCAAUAUGGAAUAUUAGAUUCAUCUAUAGGUUCAAACUGGGUUGGGGUAUUGGGGUUAUCACACUAUAAUAUGAAUGACAUGCCGGGUGUAGCAUUUCGUGUGGCACUCCAUCUGGCAAAAAUCAAGCACGUGAAGAAGUUUCUCAUGUUCAAUUAUGGGAGUGCAGCUGCCAACAUGGAAGUGUAUGGUUCUCCCAAGCCAUUGGACUUGGGGGAAUACUAA